CCAGCAAGACUGCACACUCUAGACAUGCCACAGCUGUGAAUAAAUGCAAAGUAAGGCUGCUGGACCCAGAGCUGAGCCCAAAGAUAUGGCAACUGUCCAGCUGAGAUGAUUAUCUGCAGUCUGGGGAGAUUUCUUGAAUUUCCGGACAGAUAUCGAAGUUCACCGUCUGAAAAGUGUCAACGAGGAAAAAUGACGGUGAUUACAGGGUUCAUCUUUCUGUGCAUGGUCCAAGCCGUAAUGCUUCAGCGUGUAACACCUCGUGGACCCAGACCAAUACCUGGACGAGGUGACAGUCCUCAGCCAACCCCACCUCCCCUGCCACCUGGGCCCACCCCAACACCUGAAGGUUGUGACAAGAUCAUCGAGUGUCCCAUCAAGCUUUUUUUCACCAUUGACACCUCGGAGACCAUUGCCCUGCAGGAGCCUCCUCCAGGAAGCCUGGUGGAAAGCAUCAAGGACUUCACCAGGAUGUUUGCUGAAAGGCUCCAUGAUGAGUUGUACAGGGGCCAAAUUCAGAUCACUUGGUCCGUCGGUGGCCUACACUUCUCCCAAACCCAGCUGGUCUUCAGCCAGUUCACAAGGAAAGAGAACUUUAUCAGGAAUCUUGGUCGUAUCGACUACUUAGGCAAAGGCACCUACACUGAUUGUGCCCUCCAAAACAUGACUCACCAGAUGAUCCACCAUUUUACGGAGCCACAGUCCGUCCUCUUCUCUGUGGUCAUCACUGACGGCCACGUGACGGGGAAUCCCUGCUCAGGGAUUAAAGUCGCGGCGGACAGGGCUCGACAGCAGGGGAUCCACAUUUUCUCAGUGGCAGCGUCCAGGACAGUUGAUGAAUUUGGGAUGAGGGAGAUAGCCAGCGCUCCUACAGAACUGUACCGAGAUAAUUACAUAGUCAUGGAAGUCAUUGACGGAAAAGCAAGACUAAGCAUUAAAUCCAUUGAAACAAUCAUAAAAGCCAUGAAAUAUCAAGCAUAUCUACAGUGCUAUAAACCCAAAUGUUAUGAGACUCCUGGGAAGCCUGGAGAAAAGGGGCGUCCAGGUCCAAAAGGCCUAAAAGGAGAAAGAGGCACAGCAGGGUACAAAGGUCAAAAGGGUAGACGGGGAGACCAUGGGAUUGAAGGUCCAAUUGGACCACCUGGCCCAAAGGGAAAAGUUGGUUUAAAAGGUGACAAGGGUGAAAUUGGAUUAAUUGGACCAAAGGGUGUGGCAGGUCAACCUGGCAGGAACGGAACUGAUGGACAAAAGGGUAAAAUUGGACGAAUUGGAGCUCCUGGAUGUAAAGGUGACCCAGGUGGCAAGGGACCAGAUGGCUACGAAGGAGAAGUUGGUGAAUCUGGUCUACGAGGUCCCAAGGGAGGAAAGGGUGACCCAGGUUUCCCAGGAAAGCCAGGCCCUCAGGGCCCUGAGGGUGAGACAGGACCAAAGGGUGAAAGAGGACAACGUGGAAACCCGGGGACAGCAGGAAAAAAGGGGACUGCGGGGCCCAGAGGCAAACCUGGACCUAAGGGCAAUGCGGGCAGGAGAGGAGAUCCUGGGAAAAAAGGGGCCCAAGGACCUGUUGGGGUCAAAGGAUUAAAGGGAGAACAAGGACCACAGGGAUACUGGGGUCCUACUGGGGAAGGCGGAUUCAAGGGCACCAAGGGAGAUAUGGGACUGCCAGGACCAAGGGGUCAGCCAGGAGAACCAGGGGCCCUGGGAAAAAAUGGCACUCUGGGAGAUCCUGGUGAUCCAGGACAGAGGGGGGACUCCGGGCCACGAGGGCUACCGGGGGACAAAGGAAGACCAGGAUUCAGUUAUCCGGGAUCGAGGGGAUCUCCUGGAGACAUAGGUGAACCAGGCAAGAAAGGAUCCCGAGGGACCAGAGGUUCAUGCGGUGCCAAAGGAGAAGCUGGAAAUAAAGGACCACCCGGACCGGCUGGGGAACCAGGCCAGCCAGGAGAGCCCGGACAGCGAGGACCCAGGGGAGAGACGGGACAUGAGGGAGGUCCAGGCCCAGCGGGGGAUCCUGGACUCACUGAAUGUGACAUCAUGACAUACGUCAGGGAGACGUGCGGCUGUUGUGACUGCGAGAAGCACUGUGGAGCUCUGGACAUUGUCUUCGUAAUUGACAGCUCAGAGAGUGUUGGACAGACAAACUUCACCCUGGAAAAGCAAUUUGUUAUCAACACAAUCAACAGACUUGGAACUAUGGCCUCUGACCCUGCAUCACCAACAGGCACAAGGGUUGGAGUCGUACAGUUCAGUCACAACGGGACCUUUGAGGCCAUCCGCCUUGAUGACCCUUCCAUAGACUCCAUGUCUGCCUUUAAAACAGCGGUGAAGAAUCUACAGUGGAUUGCUGGGGGCACUUUCACACCGUCAGCUCUCAGCUUCGCCUAUGACAACCUCAUUAGACACAGCAAGAGAGUCCGCACUAAGGUAUCCGUCGUCGUGGUCACAGACGGCCGCUAUGACCCUCGUGACGAUGACAAGAAGCUCAAGGCCCUUUGCAAUGACCCCGCCGUGGUAGUGAACGCCAUUGGGGUUGGUGAUAUGUUUAACAUGACAUAUGACAACGAGACCCUUAAGUCAAUAGCAUGCAACGAUAGGAACCGCAUCACUGAGAUGCAGAAAUACACCGACUUAGUGGCGGAGAAGUUCAUAAAGAAGAUGGAAACUGUGCUGUGUCCUGAUCCAGUGAUUAAGUGCCCGGACCUCCCCUGCAAAAGUGAACCAGAAGUGGCUCCAUGUAUUGGACGGCCUGUCGAUUUGGUAUUUCUCCUUGAUGGCUCAGAGCGCCUCGGAUUUGAGAACUUUAGAUUUGCCCGUGACUUUGUGCAGAAGGUGGCAGACAGAUUGCUCAUGGCCAGGAACAGGAACGAUCGAAUGGGCUCCCGUCUGGCACUGAUAGAGUUCGGCAAGGAGAAUGAGAAUCUCGUGGCCUUCCCUCUCACCCACAACUCUGGCGUCAUUGCUGAAGGUAUAGCCAACUUAACGUACCUGGAUUCUUCUUCAGCUGUGGGGCCUGCCGUGGUCUACACCAUCAACAACAUCUUGGGGAGAGGAAGCAGGACCAGACGCGGCGCUGAGGUUUCAUUUGUCUUCAUCACAGAUGGAGUCACUGACAGUCGUAGCCUGGAUGAGACAGUUAUUGAGAUGCGCAGAGAACAGGUUGUCUCCACUGUGAUUGCCCCAGGAAGUGACAUUGACCAAAAAGUCCUAACAAAGCUCGCCAUGAAUGACGAGGGUGCCAUUUUCAGAGGAAAAAAGUUAUCUGAUCUGUUGCAACCUAGUUUCUUUGACCGUUUCAUCAAGUGGGUGUGUUAAGGGACCAUGCUCAUGUGAGCAUCACACUGGUGCUAUAGCUGUUAAGUUAGAACAUGAAAUCAAAUAUGAUCUUUACAAGUUUUGAAUGCUAACAAUCUGCCAUGUUAAUACCUCCACUGCGCAUAAGUGAGUGGCACAAUGACAAAGAAGUCUAUAAUUCAUCAUCACUUGUCCUGCUCUCAGAGCAUUUAUACAUCCAAUAAAUUUCACAAGAGUUAAUGCAGAAUAGCAGUUGGUGUCUAAUCGGAUCACUAGAGCUCUCCCAACAGAGCAAAAAAAAAAAAGACUAGAAAACAGAAAAAAAAAGUAAACAUGCAAAGAAUAAAGCAAACUAUAAUAGCAUUGCACUGAAGAAUUUAUAAAGACUUUAAUACUUGAUUCCAGUUUAUUUCAACCUUGUGUGUUUGCCAUUGUGUAUGAUUAUUGAUGAUUGGGGUAUUUAUCCGCUUGCUGGAGCUUUUCAAAAAGGUUAACUUGUUAACAGCAUUAGAUACUGUAUCUCCAUCUAAGGAAUCAUCUUAGCUCAUUAGAUCAGUUUAUUGUGUUUUUUAAGUUUCCAAUUUGAAUAAAUAUCACCCAUAACGGUUUAAAAUGAUUAUCAUCUUCUACGACUAAGAUGUUUUAAACUUAAAUCCAACACUAGUGGAGUAUUGUUGCAAAUUAUGAUCCAAAAACUUCACACUGAGCAAAAAACAAAGACACAGCAGCCCCAUUUUUUAUAGAGAAAAUAUUACAAAUAGGCACUGAAUUGGACUCAGUUCAAGAGGAUGUUGUCAGUAACAAGAGAGAAAGGCAGUACAAGGUUGGAGCUGAACUGGUCUGAAAAUAUAACUUUAGCAAGUGCUUUACAUUAAAAAGAGAAAAGAAACAAUCCCCCUAUAAAUGUUAAUCCACUGAUUCUUUAUUUUCUUUUUUGCAGAAUAUGUGCAGCAAUGCCUGUAAUUAAACUUGUCAUGGCCUCGGUGCAAAGUAUGUUUUGUUUAUGUUUUUGGAGGCCUUUAAGCAGGCUUUAUGCAUAUGCUGUAAGUUACACAGUGGUUUAGGUGGAUAUGUGAACCACUUACAUGGUUCAGGGGUAUCAUCUUUGAGAGAGAUAUUUAAAUCAGCAUGGACUGUCUGUUUUGUCACUUUACUGUUUACACUUAACUGUAUACUUCCACAAAAACGUAAAAAAUACAUUACUGUUAUAGGCACUCCAAUAAGUAAUAGUUCUCAAACAUAUCUGGACUGUCCAACAUUUUUCAUGUAAUAAUUUAAUUCUUAUUGGAAAACUGAAGCGAUCAAUUUUUCGCAACCCAUUACUUCCAAACCUUUAGAGCAAAGGUGGGCAGUUAUAAAAACACCCACACAACCACAACCAUCACAUUAAUGAGAGUUUUUCCUCAUGUUGAAAUGACCUGGAAUUACCUUGAAACCCUGAGAUUGGUUUCAUAUGUCUAGUAUGCACUGUAUUUUUGCAAAUAAUGUCACAGAAAUGCUUUGUCCAAAAAAAGUUUUAAUAAAAAUAACAUUUGCAAUCACAA